AUGGCCGAUGAUGCCGCUGCGCCCGCCACUUUGCAGCGUCACAGCACGGACCUCCAAGGCGUCGGCUAUGCCAUUGACGACCUCAAGGGCAAGACCGCCAUAGAAGCCAAGACCGUGCUCAUCAACCGCGCCCUCGAACAGACCGGCAUGGGUCGCUACCAGUGGUGCAUAUUCUUCCUCUGCGGCUUUGGUUACGCCCUCGACCUCAUGUGGGCCCAGGCCUUUUCGCUCGUCACGCCCCGCAUACAGCAGGAACUCGGCGUGCCGGACGAGCAGUACGGCGACAUCUUCUCUGUUUUCUCGGCCGGUCUCACCGUCGGUGCCUUCACCUGGGGCAUCCUCGUCGACAUCAUCGGUCGCCGCUGGGCAUUCAACCUCACCGUCGGCAUCGUUGCCGUCUUUGGUAUGAUCCUCGGUGCGCUCGACAGCUGGAGCUCCAUCUGCGCCAUCGUCUUUUUCGUCGGCUUUGGGCUUGGUGGCAAUAUACCCAUCGAUGCGACGAUCGUACUAGAGUUUCUGCCCAACGACCGGCGGUACCUGCUGGCUGCGCUGAGCGUAUUUCAGCCGAUCGGCGUCAUCAUCACCUCCCUCAUCUCCUGGUCACUCGUCCCGACCUUUGCCUGCUCCACCGCCCUCCCCGCCUGCUCCGCGCUCCCGCCCGCAACACCCGUCUCGGCAGGGACCUGCUGCACGCGCUCGUCGAACGCGGGGUGGCGCUACGCACUCUACACGCUCGGCGCGCUAUCCGUCGCCGCGUUCUUUGCGCGCUUCUUUUUGUUUACGUUCUACGAGAGCCCCAAGUUCCUCGUCGGCAAGGGCCGCGACGCGGAGGCGUGCGAGGUCGUGCGGUGCAUCGCGCGCGUGAACGGGCGCGAGCUCGGCGCGGCGACGCUUGGGGUUGCUGAGCUCGAGGCGGUCGACGCGCGGUUUGUACAGGCGGCGCGCCGGGCGUCGCGCUUGGGGAAGGGGGUGAGUGAGGGCGAGGAUGGGGCGCGUGCUGAAGAGGGGGAGGAGGAGGAGGGAAAGGAGAGGAGGGUGAAGGUGCCGGCGAUGGGUGGGCACCUCAAGGAGCUCUUUAGCUCGGGGUACAUGGUGCGCCUGACGCUGCUGACGUGGGUGUGCUACGCGGCGGACUACUGGGGCUUCGUCAUCGCGGGCAACUUUUUGCCCAAGUUCCUUGCUGAGCGUGGGGCGGCGCAGGACCUCAGCACGGCGGAGGUGUACCGGAACUACAUCGUCAUCGCCGUCGUGGGCGUGCCCGGGGUGCUCCUCGGCACGGCGCUCAUCGAGGUGCCGCGCAUCGGGCGCCGGUGGGCGAUGGUCGGGUCGAGCGCGCUCAUGGGCGCGAGCCUGUUCCUGUACGCGACGAUCACGACACCGGCCGCGAGCGUCGGGUUCAACGCGAUGGAGUACUUUUUCCAGUCGACGUUCAACGCGGUGCUGUACGGCUGGACGCCCGAGGCGUUCCCGGCCGCGGUGCGCGGGAGCGCGUGCGGGCUCGCGAGCUUCUGGGGCCGCCUGAGCAGCAUCGUCGCCCCGCUCGUCGCGGCGCGGCUCGCCAGUGGCAGUGGCAGCGGUGGCGGUGGCGGUGGCGGUGGCGGUGGGGGCAGCGCGGGCGUGCUGUAUCUCGCUGGCGGAGGUGUGUUCGUGAGCACGAUCUGUGCGUUGUUCUUGCCGGAGACGAAGGGCGGGGAGGUGUUGUGA